AUGGUCGAUGGAUGCUUUGCGGGAUGCCUUGUGGGCACCAGCUUUGGUGCCCUUGGAGCUUUGUACUGGAAGUCAGAGAAGGGCUUCUACAGAGGCCGCGCUCUCACAAGACAGCUCACGGACGCACCGGAGCAUUUGCGCCCCGGUCCCCUGCUUCAUCCCUUCAAGGCCCAGCACCUGGACGUCGUCCAGGAGCCCAUGUCGCCGAGUCAGCCUGACUCCCCUCGACAUCCUCGCGAGCCACGCGGGUUUAAACGCCGAGUAUCUGGCAAGUUUUCCAUGAAUGAGAACAAGGUGGUCGAACAGAAGGUCGUUCUGGCGAUGGUCGGCCUGCCCGCGAGAGGGAAGUCGUACAUCUCAAAGGCCAUCGUCCGAUACCUGAACUUUGUUGGGUGCCCCACCAAGCUCUUCAACGCAGGGAAUCUGAGGCGCUCUUCGGGCAGGAGCGGGGUGGAUGCCAACUUCUUCGACAGCUCCAAUGAGAGCGCAAAGCAACUCCGCGAUGCCAUGGCCAUGGAGUGCGUAGAUCAGCUGCUGGCAUUCCUGGACAAGGAGGGCCGGGCCACGGCUGUCGGCAUCUUAGAUGCCACAAACACCACGCUGGAGAGGCGGCGGAAGGUGAAGGAGCGUGUUCUUGCCCAUGCGGGCAUCCGGCUCAUCUUUCUUGAGUCCCUCUGCGACGACGACGCCAUUCUGAGGAACAACUACGAUCUCAAGCUUGGCAACGAGGACUACGUUGGCAUGAAUGCCGAGAAUGCUCUCCACGACUUUUUGGAGCGCGUCGACCAGUAUGCCCUGGUCUACGAACCGGUCGAAGACAAAGAGUGCUCCGACAGGUGUGGCUACAUCAAGCUCAUAAAUGCUGGAGAGAAGCUGAUUUGCUGCCGCUGCCGCUCCAAAGAUGAUGAGUAUGGCGUGGUGAGGUACAUUGUGGGGCUCAUGUCCAGCAUUAACCUUGGAAAGCGUUGCAUCAUGCUGGCUAUGGUCGGCGAGACGGAGCACGACAGGAUGGGCAUCCUUGGUGGUGACUCAGCGCUGACAGCAGCAGGGAAGCAGCAUGCUGCGGCAUUGGCCAGAUUCGUUGCCGAGCGAGAGGAAGCCGCCGGCAAGCCGAUGCUGGUGAUGUGUGGCACGCUGACCAGACACUUGCAAACGGUCGAAGCUCUGAAGGCAAUACGACCUGGACAGCGCCCAAGGAAGGUCCUGAAAUUGCAGCGACUAAACGAGCUCUGUGCUGGUGAGCUGGACAGCUUGACCUAUCAGGACCUCAAAGAGUUCUAUCCGGAGGAGUUUGCCGCGCGGCAACGGGACAAGCUCAACUACCGCUAUCCGGGUGUUGGGGGCGAAAGCUACCAGGAUGUGCUGUUUAGACUCUCCUUCCUGGUCUUACGACUGGAGCAGAUCAUUGGCAACGUUCUCAUUGUCUGCGACAAGGCAGUUUGCCGUGUUCUCCUUGCAUACUAUCGUGGGGUGAAGAACGAAGACAUGCCAUAUCUCGAGGCGAGACCCGGAGUGAUGACUUUUGAAAGAUCUCACAUCGGCUUCACAGAGGAUUACGUGCACAAGCUGGGGAUGAACCCGAACCCGAAUACCACCGGCUCCUGCGCUGAGCUCCAAAGUUGCGUGUAG